AUGCCAGCGCUGUCCGCGGCAGUCGAGGCUUCACUGGCGACGAGCACCGUCGGCGUCGCGCCCAAAGGGACGCUCACCUCAGUGACUGCUCGUGCCGGCGCGCCGCGCAGCGCCACCGCUUCGGCUGCCCGUGCGCUCGCCUCGGCAUGCGCCUCUCCGGCGGCCCUCGACAAGGCGCUGGAGGCGUUGCUGCUGCGGGAGGCGGCGGCAGAGGAGAGUGGCGGGCAAGCUGAACUCGACGGCGACGACCACUCGUCGUUCCGUGGAUCAACGGCUGCGGCAGAGCCGGGCGGCAGCGCGGAGGCGGCGGCGGAGCAGGUCGAGCUGAGCGCCGAGGCGCUCGACCCGGAGGAGCUCGACCUCGAGGCGAUCAGCUCGGCGCUCGGCGCACUCGACUCGGCCGAAGCGUCCGUCGAGGCCGAGCUGCGUAGCCUCCGGGCCGAGGCGAUGCGCGCUACGACCGCCGCGCUCCCGGCCCUGCAGCAGGCAACUAGCAGCGCGACGGACGAGGGCGCUCGCAUCGGCGCAGCCCUCGGCAAGCUCGGCACCGAGUCUGCAGCGACGGCGGCGCUCGUCGCCGACUCGGCCGCCGCGCUCGCCGCCCUCGAGGCGAGGCGCGCAGAGGCGGCGGCGCGGCUCUCUCUCGUCGAGAGGCUGCUCGAGCUUGACGCGGCGGAGGCGGCGGCCGACGCCGCCCUCUCGAGCGGCAACUUCGAGGCGCGCGGCAUCACCGCUGGCCCUCACCGCUGGCCCUCACCGCUGGCCCUCACCACUGGCCCUCACCACUGGGCAUCACCACUGGCGCUGCUCCCCACGUCGCGAGAGCCCGCGGCCCUGCCGCCCGACAAGCCCCCGUCCACACGCCCCGCGGCGGCGGCGCACGCGCAAGGCGCCCUCUCCUCGGUCCGCGCGGCGGGCAGCGCCAUCGAGCCGCAGACGCGCGCGCGGGCGGAGGCGGCUCACGCGCGGGUGGAGAGCGCCGUGCGGGCGGGACUCGCGGACGGGCUCGCAGACAAGGCGCUGCCUGCCGUCUGCCGGUUCGUCUCGCUGCUCGCUCGGCUCGGCUCUCCGGCGGAGGGGCGAUCCUCCCUCUCCGCCUUCUGCCGCGCGCGCGUGGAGGCGGCCGCGCUGCCGACGGCGGCGGAGGAGGAGGAGAAGGCGCUCGCCGUCCUGCCCGCCCGCCUCGCGCGGCUGCUGCGGGCGACGGCGGAGGCGCUCGGCGGAGUGACGCAGGCGCUCGGGCCGACGGCCGCCGCCGCUGCCGCCGGGGCAGGGCCGAGCGGUGGUAAGGGCGACCACGCAGCAGCAGGGGCAGCGGAGGAGGAGGCGGCGGCGGCAGCGGAGGAGGCGCGUGGUUUGUGCCUCGAGCUGUAUGCGUGCUCUCUCUCACUCGGGCUGCUCGAUGAGCUGACGGGGCUGCUGCGCGGCGCCGCGCAGUACGACGCAUACGCGGCCCCUUUCCUCGCCCCGUCGGCUGCCCGCACCCCCUCCGCCCGCCCUCCCGCCUCCCCCGCCACGCUGGGCGGCACGGAGGGUUUCCUCGAGCUGCGGCGCGCGCUGGAGGCGCUUUCGUCGCAGUACGCGUGGGCGGCCACCAUCAAAGCCAUCCGGCUCGACGCCGCCCUCGAGGAGGAGGCGGCUGCGGUGGGCGGCGCUGCGGGCGGCGGCGCGGGCGCGGCCGCGACGAGCGGCGUGCGCGGAGCGACAGGCCGCUUUCGCCGCCCUGCUCUCGCCGCCUUCGCCGCCCUCACCGCUCUCGCCGCUCUCGCCCCUCGCGACGGCGGCGCGAUGAGCGAAGACUCGUCCGGCGACGCCUCCAAGUCGGAGCUGAUCGACUCGGUGUACUACGUCCUGCAGCGCCACCUGCUGCGCGCGGCGAACUCGUGCGAUGGCGCCGUCGCCGCGGCGGCGGUGGCGCAGGCGGCGACGCUGCUCGGCGGCCUCCUGCUCGACGCGCUCUCGUCGCAGCUCGUGCUGUCCGUCUCCGCCAAGCUGGCGGGCGCUGCUCUCGCCUCGGCGCACGCCAUGGUGGCCGAGGCGACGCAGGGGACGGCAUGCACCAUGGUGGGGACCGCCGCGUCCGCGUGUGUCUCCGGCGCGAUGGGCACCGCCGUGUCGGCCGCCGGCUCGGCGAUCGGCACCGCCGCCUCGCGCCUGCCCGCGACGCUGCGCGCGCUCAACGGGCUGCAGCUGAGCCUCUCGUGCGCGCCUCGGCUGUGGCGCGGCGCCGAGGAGGCGUGCGCGCGCGAGCUGCCCGCGCCGGCGAUGGAGGCGGCGGCCAAGGUUGAGGCGGACGCCAAGCUGUCUGCUGCGCUCGAGGAGGGCCUCGACCAGCUCUGCGCCUCGCUGACGCCGCGCCUCAAGCCGCGCCUCGACGCGCUGAGGGACCGGUCGUACGUGCUCGGCUCGGACGAGGCGCUCGCCGCCGCCGAGUCCGCCUCGCUCGUCGGCCCGCUCGUCGGCGAGCUCGAGGCGGCGAUGGCGUCGGCGCUGCUCGGCAAGCUGCUCAGCCACUGCGCGCAGCGGAUCGAGGCGCUGCUCCUCACGAAGCGGGUGGACAUGUUCGGCGCGCUGCAGUUCGAGCGCGACGUGCGCGCGCUCACGGGCCGCCUCGGCGCCCUCUCGAGCCGUUCCGUGCGGGGGCACACCGCGAGGCUCACCCAGGUGACGGCGCUGCUCUCCCUCGAGCGAGAGGCGGAGCUCGCCGAGCUGUGGGCGGACGGCGGGCUCCGCCUCUCCGCCGCCGAGGCGCGCGCGAUCCUCGCGCUCCGCGUCGAGUUCAAAAAGGAGGCCAUCGCGGCGGUCAAGUUGCCCUCAUGA